GCGAAUAUGCCAGCAAGCAAGCGAGCCAGCAAGCAAGCAGGCUCUGUUCCUAUCGUGCUUUGUGACGGACGCUGGGAAGGCAGGAGAAUAGUGGUUUCGGUGACGAUGAAUCGGAAGUUUUGACCGAUGUAGUGGCAGAUCCAUCCGCAGAGACGCUUCAGGCGCGUUGGGAACGAUGGAUUUGGUGAACAAUAUUGUGAAUGAUCUGCAAGUGCUGAAAACAAUAUGGUUCAGUAAAAUCUCUGGAGAUUCUCACAAGGAGCGGCUGGAGAACUUCUAUGGACCUCAAGCUGAUGCAUAUGAUCAUUUUCGGGCGAAAUUUUUGCAUGGAAGAAGGGGCAUGAUCAAGGCCUGUGCGGCGAAAAUCAACAACCUCGGCGAACGACCAGGUCUUGUGUGGGUGGAUCUGGGUGGUGGAACCGGCGAGAAUGUAGAUAUGAUGGCAGAGUAUGUUGAUCUGUCUAAGUUCGAGAAGAUUUAUGUGGUAGACCUCUGCGGUCCUCUGUGUGAAGUCUCAAAGAAAAAGGCCCAGACUCGAGGAUGGAAAAAUGUCGAAGUUGUUGAAGCAGAUGUAUGCGAAUUUGAGCCGGAAUCAAAGCGUGCUACCCUUGUCACCUUCUCUUACUCCCUUUCAAUGAUUCCACCUUUCAUGGCAGCUGUGGACAAGGCUUUAUCAUAUCUUGAUCAAGCUGUCGGAAUACUUGGUGUGGCGGACUUCUACACAUCCAUGAAGUACGACUCAUUAGACCGGCAACAUGGAUACCUAACUCGAUGGUUCUGGAGAGCCAUAUUUGACAUGGAUAAUAUAGAACUCGGACCGGAGCGUCGACUGUACUUAGACCACACUCUUGAGCGAGUCUACGAAGAGAACAAAUCUGGCGGCAUACCUUAUGUACCUUUCUUGAAAGUACCAUAUUUUAUCUGGCUCGGAAGAGUGAGGCACUUGGGGGCUGCGAACGGCAUUUAGGAAGAAAGUCCAACUUUCCCUAGUUGUAUCAGUUGAUACCGUAUUAAUCUAGAAGGGAAAUUAGCAACAUAUACGGUGGACGGUUUCAAAGCUCACUGAUUGAGACUUGCUCUAGUGAUCAGAAUCCAGGGCCGCAUUUCAAACUUCCAAAUUGGAUUUAGUUUUGCAGUAACCUCUCACUAUAUGCUCAUGAGUAGAAGAUUCAUCUCCUCUGAUUAUUAUAUGGGGUCUCACUGCAAGUCUGGCCGUCAUUUUGUAAACAUUUGUAAAAUUUCAAAACCUCAAAUUUAUAGCUUCAUUGAUCACGUUUUUUAUAUUGU